AUGAUGCCCCUAUCCUCAAAUUCCCGCUCCCUCUCCGCUAGGCGUCACCCUCACAGCUCUGCGUGGCGCUGUUCGGGUGGUGGUGUGUCGCUGCCGUCGGGCAUGCUUGCGAGUGUCAGCAAAUGACGGCAAGACAAACCACAAACGAGGAUGCGGCGGCGAAGAGAUGGAGCGAGAAAAAGAGAAAAAAAGACAAGUCGAGACGGUCUCUAAGCGCGUAAUUCUCGACCGGCCACAGUGACCUUUCCCCCUUCACAUUCUCAGCAGCAUCAUGGAUGUGCAUCAGAUGGGCAGGCAACCGCCACAGACAAACUUCUUUCAUCAGAUCUGACGAUUGUCUUCCAUUCUCGUGUGAGACUGUACAGGUCAGGGAGGGUACGCGAGCAGUUGAGGAGGGCCUGCGGCACCUGCAGGAGCUCAGCACAACGGUGUGCCUGCCUACCCGCCUGCCUGCACGAAACAAGCACUCUGUGUGUCUUCCUUGCAGCUUGGCGCGGUGCGGUCUCAUUUUGAGCAAGCGCAGCCUCCCAGCCUCUCUGGACAGGUACGUCACACACACUGCUGCAUCGCUCUCGCACAUCGCUGCUGUUGUUUUGCACAGGCGCCGUCGGCCACCUCACUGGAACUUCAUGUGCAGCGUGCCCUCGUCAGCUCCCACGUCGCCACAGCACAGUCGCAGCUCACGCGCACACAUGAGGACGUGUCGCGGGUGGUGGAUGCACUCAAGCCGAUCCUGGCGGCCGCACCCAACCCCGCCACUCAGGAUGAUGCCGUGGUGCGCACAGCAGAUGGCCGCAGCACGACACUCUCUCUGGGUGUUCAUCGUUGGUCCUUGUUGCUCUGUGGUUUGCAGGCCCCUGCAGUGAAGCGCCCGUCAUUUCGCCUCGUCUACAGAAGCGGCAACCCUCCACUUGUCAACCAAGGACACCAAGGACCGGCAAGAACGACCCCAUGAUACAUCUAAACCAGCUCGACCUUACUUUUAUGUCAUGUUGGUUGUCACUUCAGGCCCGUCGUCGUCUGUCGCGCGACGAGUUGGCAAACAUGCUCGGCCACCUGCAGCCCUGGGAGCUGGCGCCACACUGCCGGCGUCUCGGCACGCCCCUCUUCCAUCAGUCGGCCGCCAACUACACCCACCUGGUCAUCGACUGUGAGGACGACACGGCGCGGCGCAUGUGGGCGGCCAUGCCGCUGGCCGUGGCACACAACUGGGGAGAGAGGGCGACAAACGUCCGAGAGAUCAGGCACCGGUAUCCCAGUCGUCGAGAGGGCUGGUGCCGCGGGACCUGGGUGGCCGUGGUGGAGGGCCACGGGCGUGGCUGGGCGGCCAUCGCAGAGAAGAAACGACGAGAGAGGGAGGGAGCGGAGGGGACAGCUGACGCUGCUGCGGUGGCGCAGGAUGAUGGCGGCCCCAGAUUGGCUGACGAGGGCACAUUGGAGGUGCUGUCCUUCGAGGAGGUCAAGCUCGACGACAGCAUUGACAUCCCCUACCCUCCCCCCUCAUCUCUUCCGCCCCCCGCCCCCACCGCCCCAAUCCACCUGCCGGCACUCAAGACGGUCGACAACAUUCCCACCUUUUCCCUGGCUUCUCGUGUGGGCCGCCAGUGGCGCACCCCUGCCGUCAAGACGCUCAUCACCAGGGACAUUUCGGUGGCUAGUGGUCUAAGGGCAUGGCUGGCUCACUGCGAGGCCAUUGAAGUGCUGCACCUCAACGGACGGGACGCCAGUACGGCGGCCAGCGCGCUGAGUGGGCUGCCCGCCGACGGGAAGUCGUUGGCGGCGCUUCGUACACUCCGGGGCGUCCGGAUGUAUUGGAGCAUCCCCGCCGCCAUCGACAGGCUGCGUGAGGUGAUGGUGGCGAGGGGCGUCAGCAGGUCCAUUCGGGAGCUCGAGAUCGGCAUGGGGUGGAUGCCGAGCACUGAUGAGACUGUGGAGUGCUCGCAGAACGUCGCACGGCUCAUGUAAGGACACAACAGAGAGAGAGAGAGAGAGGCUGCAGAGAGACGGUGCAAUUCAUUCCUGUGCUUUGCCUUCGAUCAGUGACGCCAUUGCUCGUCACGAGGCAGUGGAGAAGGGCGUCUUCGCACUCAACAACGACGGCACGUGUGGACGGAUUGACGCGGAGCUCCUCUCGCGCAGCAGCACCGGCCCCGCCGCCGCUCAGCAGCUCAUUCGCGACUUCGCCAAGAGAGCCGGCAUGGUGAACUACAGCGGAGAUGACGAGGCCAUCCCUGCAGCCAUCACCGAUGACACAUUCCCCGCCGCCCACUCCCUGCUGCUGCUCAGCGAUGCCCUCGCCAAUGGGGCCAAGAAGAAGCGGGCAGUCGAGAUCGCCUCCCACAUGCCCAGCCUGUCGUGCGUCGACGAAGGGGAUGCUGCUGGGGACGGCGUGGUGCUGGAUGCACCCGUCGGUGACCUGUGGAGCUUCCUCGAGCGGCUGCACGUGGAGUUGGUCAGGAGGGGCAAGGAGAGGAGCCUUACCCUGGGCCUCUGGCUGAGUCCUGCCGCAUUCACCGCUUCCAUGGAGGACCUCGCGAACCCCUGCCUGUGGGGGUGAGACUCUGACAAGCUGCCGCCGAUCGAGACAGUGUACGUCAAUAUCGAUGGUGAGCUCACCAACCAUCGUAUUGGGACGGCCAUUGGCCCUGGCAUUUGCGUAUGGUGUAUGUGUCUAUUCGUUUCAGGCAUUGAAGACGAUGAUCGGCAUAAAGAGGAUGCCGAAUUGGAGACACUCUACCGGCAUGUGAUGGCCAUGAUCACGUCCUUCAACCAAAAGCUCAAGGUGAGCCACAGUGCACGGUGCGCCCAGGUGUCAGUCAGCAGGCUGCAGGGCAAUGUGUGUGUGCGUCUUUGACCGCUCCUGGCUGAAUGAAUGACAGGGCCACAAGAAGACCUGUGUGAGUUUGCUCGGCAAUGACCUGGGGUCCGACUUUGAGCGGCGCUUCCUGGAUCAGCAGGCCUCUAUCAACAACAGCGGCGGAGCAUACGAGUUUAGCAUCGCUCGCUCCGGCCUGCGUGUCGAGCGCCGUGAUGCCGCUGGUCAAUCAAAUGGCUCUUCGUAG